AAAACCAUGGAGGGCCAACUGGAAAAGAAAGGAAGGAAGAUGAAAUAAUAUGGUUUCCCUUAUAUAAAACAGUGUCAUUGAGCUUUGCUUUGGGAAUUGGUAUUUCUUGGAAUGAUUUGAAGCCAUGGAUGGUUGAAACUGUGGAUAAAGAAUUGGUGGAGAGGGGUUGCAUUUUCUAGAGAGGUGGGAUAUAGAUAAAUUAUUAUUACUAUUAUGGCUGGCUGUAAUGAAGGCUUUGGGGUCAGAUGCCACUCUUAGAGGUUUUAGGAGGCCCCUGGAAGGGUCUGGCUGAUGGGGUCCCUUCCAUUGUCUCCCUUACAGGUCCGUUCCGCGCCACCUUCGCCCUCUUUGGGAUGGACGAACAACAGACCCAGGAGCUGUUGGGCUUCCUCCGUCCUGAGACCCGCUUGGACCUGAAAGGCCGGGCCGUCCAGUACCUGACGGGGCUCACAGGCAGCCCUGAGGGCCGGCAGCUGUUGGCCACCCAGCCAGAGGUUGUGGAGGCCCUGCUGGCCCUGACUGGCGACACUGCGCUGCCCAUAGCCAAGGAGGCCUACCAUGCCCUCAUCAACUUGGCUAUGGAGCCAGCCGCCCAGAGGGCCCUGGCCAAAGGGCUGCCCAGCCUCUUGAGCCACCUGCUGGACCCGGCUUCCCCACUGGCUGACCAGUCCUGUGCCUUGCUCUCCAACCUUUCCCGCGAGGAGGCUGCUGGCCGGGAUCUCUUGGCGGCUCUUCAGGCGGAGAGGUCCAGGGGGCUGGUGGCCCUCGUGGAUGCCUUCUGCGCCGGAGGGGGCUUCAACCCCCAGGCCAGCCUCCACUACCUGGGACCCCUCCUCUCCAACCUCAGCCAGCUCCCAGAAGCCCGCCAGGUCCUCCUGGACCCCUCCAGGUGUGUGGUGCAGAGGCUGCUGCCGUUCACGCAGGAUCCGGGGUCGGCUGUCCGAAGAGGAGGGGUGGUUGGCACCCUCCGGAACUGCUGCUUCGACUACCGUUGCCACGAGUGGCUUCUGAGCGAAGAGGUGGAUGUGCUGCCCUUCUUGCUGCUCCCGCUGGCCGGUCCGGAGGACUUUCCGGAGGAUGAGAUGGAAAAGUUGCCCCUGGAUCUGCAGUACUUGCCGCCAGAGAAGGAGCGAGAGCCGGACCCGGACAUCCGCAAGAUGCUGCUGGAGGCCGUCAUGCUGCUCACAGCCACAAAGCGGGGGCGGCUUCUGGUCCGAGAGAAAGGCACUUACGUGAUCCUGCGAGAGCUGCACAAGUGGGAGACAGACCCUGGCGUGCGGGCCGCCUGUGAAAAGCUGAUACAGGUCCUGAUCAGCGAUGAGCCCCAGCCUGGGAUGGACAACUUACUGGAGGUGGAGAUCCCAUCCAAGGUGGAGGAACAGCUACGGCGUCUAGACCUGGAGGAAAAGGAGGAGGAAGAAAGGCAGCGGCAGCAACAGCAAGAAGAGGCGGCGGGGAGUGAGGGACCUGCGUCCUGCGCAGAAGGACUACGCAGAUAAGGGGCAGAUAAGCUGAGCAGUGGGAUGGCAAAGGCCACCUGUUUGGGGACACCGGGGCCAAAGCGAGACUUGCCUUUUAUGCCCAUUGCCCUGGCUGCAGAGGACUUCCAUUGCCCUCUGUCCAGGAGAAUGUGUGAGAAGCCCCACAAACGGGGACUAGGGCCCGCGUCCUUCGUCUCCUGAGAUUCCUGUUCCAAGCUGCCUGGGUUCCUCUCUCACAGAAGAGGAAGAAUAGGUUGGCAGCUGCGCUGGUCCUUCCCAGUAAAGGCUUUCCUGGACAGAAGGGCUGUCCGAUUCAGACAUGCAACUCAGCUCCCAGGUUCCCUGCCUGCUUGCCUGCCCACUUCUGCCAUUCAAGGGGCAGGCAGAGAGACUAUCAUCUACCUGCCACCUCCAGGUUGGCAGCAUUUCCCCAGUGAUGGUUGUAUUAUGUCUCUUCCCCAUACUCUGCCCUGUUGUUCCAUGCCAGCUGCAUCUUAAUUGGCAGUGCCAGAGCUCUUUCCAGAAAACCUCUCAUCCUGGGAUGGAUGGUGUUCCAUGCCUGGUUGUGCAUACAAGGAGAGUGCAUGCAUCUAAUGUCUCUCUCUGGAACCAGACUCUGGGGCCACAGUGUCUAUGGGGCUUGGCGCUUAAAUGGAUGGGGCAGGAGAAGUGGGAGGAAAUGGGGGCAUCCCCACUGGAUUUUGAAGUUGUGUAGGACAUUUGUGAGGUGGGUCCCAUGCCAAGAGAACAUGGCUCCCUUGGCCACAUUGUGGGCAGGAGACAUGACUUUGGGUUGACCCUGAAAGAUGGCAGAAGUAAAGAUUGGUAUACAAGACAUGGCAACACACAGGCAACCUUAAAAGGCCCAUUUAUGCAAAGGGGAGCCAUGCAAAAGCAGUGCCUCAAAUUAUUCUUGUGCGCUAGAGAACUACAGAAUUGUUGAGUCAGAAGGCAUUUGCAAAGAACUCCCUGCCAACGAAGCAGAAUAUCCAGAGCGGCCAAUAUGGCUGAAGAAGUGGGUUGAAAUCCACAAGAGAGAUGGGUGAAUUUGUCAGUCGCUUUUCCUACCCUGAGUUAAUUCAUCCUUGUUUCUGCAUCCAUUGUUCUUCUUAAAGAAGUCUAAACUGCU